AUGACAAUGGAGAAUUUUCUACGAAGCAAAGAGUUAUGGGAGAUUAUAGAAGAAGGAAUUCCAAAGCUUGAAACUACACCAACAGAAAUGCAACGACAAAAAGUAUCUGAUGUCAAUCUUAAAGAUCUCAAAGUGAAGAAUUAUUUGUUUCAAGCUAUUGAAAGGGAGAUUCUUGAAACUAUAUUAGACAAAAGCACAUCUCAAGCCAUAUGGCAGUCGAUGCAGCAAAAAUACCAAGGGUCCACAAGAGUCAAGUGUGCUCAACUAAAAGCUCUACGUCGUGAAUUCGAACUCCUAGGAAUGAAGGAGGGUGAGAAGGUGGGCACCUAUUUGGGAAGAACGCUCAGUAUUGUUAAUAAGAUGAAAUCCAAUGGUGAAGUGAUUAAUACAAGCAUUGUGGUUAGCAAAAUUCUCAGAUCGUUAACCCUAAAGUUUAACUACGUUGUGUGCUCAAUUGAGGAAUCUAAUGAUUUGAAUAUCCUCAGCCUUGAUGAGCUUCAUGGCAGUCUACUGGUUCAUGAGCAAAGGAUGCAAGACAGUUAUUUAGAUGAACAGGUGUUAAAAGUCAUUCAAGAAGAGAGACCAGUAGUGGGUCGUGGUCGCGGCAAAGGUCGCAGAUGUGUGCGACGAUGGGCCACUCUUCUGGGUCUUAAAAAAUUGAAGCUUUUGAGGAUUUCGUCGGAGGAUGAACUAGCGGGUAUGGAUCUUACCCGGCAUGGAGGGUUUGCCUAUGCCUAUGAAGAUGAUGAGACUCACAAGCAUGAGAUUCAGUUGAGGAAGGUUGAACCCAACGCCUCUACCCCAACCACUGAUGGGGGAUUAUGA